GUAGAGACUAAGUCAGAUAAACGCUGAAAAUGCUAGCAACAUGAAGACUCCACAUACAUGUGGAAGGAUGAGCUUUGCGAGGUGGAGGGCUAUAAGAGCUCAGCAAACUGGAAAAGAACCUGAUAGGCUGGAAACUUUUGAGAAUACUCAUACAAGAAAGAAUGGGACCUAUGUGAAUGAGUAUACAGCAACCCUAAUUGAAAAGGCGCAUACUCUUCGACAGGAAGGGUCUGCUGAUAAUGAACAAAUCUUUCAGAAGCUACUUGGUCCAGAGCAUCCUGGGAGGGUUCGUUGUGCUGGCUUGGGACCAACCCCAUCAACCUAUUUUGGGCCUUCUUCUUCCUCAGCUUCAACAAGUUCUACCACGACAUUGUGCUCUAAUGAGGUAGUCGCUCUAGGUAUUGAAGUGGUGGAACUGAGAAGUGAAGUGGUGGAACUGAAAAGUGAGGUGGUAGAACUGAAAACUGAAGUGGGUCGGUUGGGAAGUGGGAUGGAACAGCUGCAAAUGGAAGUAGACACAUUGAAGGCAUUUAUCUUGCAACAUCUUUGUAGGGAGAAGGGGCCAAUUGAGGGUUCAUUCCGUGCACCAUCUUCAUCAAGCCAGAGUGCUACACGGGGCUGACCAAACUAAGUAAAUAUACAUAACUACAUCUCUGCUUUCUCAGGCUAGCUUUGAGAUUGAUCGGUGGAAGGAG